AAUGUCACCAACACCAACACCAGAAUCUAUCUACGACUCCUCGAAAUUCACCUGGUCAGAAUUGUGGGCGCCAGCUCUCGUCGCUGAACCGUACUCACGCGAGAUAAUCGUCGCUCGAUUCAACGAUCUCCUAGGAGGCAAAACAGUCAACGGGGUUCCAGGCAUAUCCAUCAAGCAAAAUCCUGAAUACGUGUUCGGAGACUUCGUGAACUGCAUGGACUGGGCGUUCAAACCAGCGGCUAUUGACGAUGUCUGGCUGGCAAUAUUCGACGUUGCGCAGGCGCGCGGGUGGACAGAAUCGAUUCGCGAUUUGACCUACUAUUGGACGGAGGAAUUCCUCGUCAACCCACCUGGCGAUGCGCCGGGCGACGGCAACGAAGAUGACGGAGACGACGAGGACGAUUCAGAUGGCGCUGAGGGGAAACUCGACUGGUGGAUCACCGCAGCCAUGGGUGCUGCACGCCUCUUCGCCCUCGGUUACGGAUAUUCCUCCUUUGCAUGGAACGCCCUCUUAGGUGGAGCAUACGGAAAGGGGAGCGACAACUCAGACACCAUGCGCAUCGCGACGUGUGCGCAGCUCCUUGGAGCAGGGAGGCGCUUUCAUGCUUACUUCCUUGGCCAGGGUGGGAAGGAGCCCAACACACCCGGGUUCGCAGGUCGGUGGUUGAAUGUCCCAGAAAAAGAAGACAAAGAGGAACGGGAACGAAGCGGGCCAGGAAAGUGGAAUCAUUUCCUAGAAUCGCUCUUAGAACAGCGGAAGGAGGCAGGACCAAAAGCUGCGGCAUUGUUAACGUUCACGUAUGAACACAUUCAGAAAGGGGUCCCUGACAUGACGAGCGUUGAGGUCGCGAGCAUUAUAUGGCCCGACAAGGAGGCCGAUGGAGGUGAGAAGAGGAAGGCAAGCAAGGAGUG